AGGCUAUAAAUUUGGAUAAGUGCAAUAGUAGCGAGGCAAAGCAGUUCAAACAUCUUUGUGGGUCUAUUUGCUAACAAGCGCCAAAAUGCAACGAAUUUUGGCCGUCAUCUUCUUUCUCGCCGUCUUCCUCCACCAAUCGCAGGCGCAAUGCAAUUCCACGAAUUGCGUAGGGCCGGCCUGCAAAUGCAUGUCCACGUCUCCACCAGGCGGUUUAAGCCUGGCGAAUACCCCUCAAUUGGUUUUUUUGGCGUUUGACGGUGCGAUUAUGGCGACCAAUUACAUGGACUACACAUAUCUGUUGAACAACAGCAUCAAUCCCAACGGCUGCCCGAUUGAAAUGACUUUCUUCGUCUAUCACGAGUACAACGACUACACCCUGACCCACAGUCUCUACUUCAGACGGCAGGAAAUUGCAACCCACAGCAUGUCCCACUCAACUCCAUCGUCAGAUUGGGCUUACAAGUCAGUGUCCGAGUGGACUGAUGAAAUUGGUGGAAUCCAAGAGGCUCUGGCCAAAUUUGCGAACAUUCCCAAAGCUGAAAUUCGGGGUGCACGAGCGCCGUUCUUGCAGUCAAGCGGUGACGCUACUUUUACAGCCAUGAAGAAUCUUGGCAUGUUCUACGACUGUUCUUUCCCAACUACUGAAAAUACUAAUCCUCCUGUUUGGCCUUACACUUUGGAUCAAGGAUUUCAACACGAAUGUGCAAUCCCGCCUUGUCCCAAAGACAAAUACCCCGGUAUUUGGACAGUCCCGAUGGUGGCUUUAAACCGAAAUGAAACCGUUUGCAGUAUGGCUGAUGCCUGUGACAAACCGAAUACAGUGGAUGAAACUUAUCAAUAUUUGAUGAGCAAUUUUCAACGUCACUAUACUACAAGCAAGGCUCCAUUUGGCAUCUACUUGACUGCUAACGCCUGGUUCCAGGAUGCACAGUACCGUUUGAAGGGUUACAAGAAGUUCCUCGAUGCAAUUGUAGUUUACGAUGACGUUUACGUUGUUCCCAUUGCCAGAGGAUUGGACUGGAUGAAAAAUCCUAAACCGUUGGCCGAAGUCCCAAACUUCUUCUCUUGUCCAACCAUGACCAAGACUCCUUGCACAAAUAAUACGUGCUACUAUGAAGACGAUGUGUCUCCUGUUGGCCCGCGCAAUAUGACAAUUUGUGUCACCUGUCCUGACGUCUAUCCAUGGACCGGGAAUCCACUUGGCUUGCCCUAAUUAUUAUUUUUUAAAUGGUGAACAUCAUGUAUCCUUACAGUAUUUUAGAUUUAGAAUCGGCCCUCUUUGAUAAGUUACAGGGUUUUCAUUCCCAGUUUAAUAACGUGCUUAUUUUCCGAUAAUUGAAACGCCUUCCGCUAUAAUCUCCAUCCCUUUAUAUGCUAUUCAUUAUAUAAGGAAUAAAACUUGCAAAAGUGUUUUAUUUUAAAA